CCUUUGACGGAAACAGACUUAGAAAGAUGGCCUUCCCCAGACCACCCAAAUUUGGCGAACGCCGCAUGAUGUUACGUAGACAGCUGUCACCAGAAACGCUGUCGGAAGCAAGUGGAGAGCUCAAACCCACGCCCACGAUAUCAGCUCCCCGGCUCAUUUACAUAUUCAAUCAUGAGACUUUUAAAAACGAUCUUCAUGAACCACGAGCUGGCAGCGAGAAGGAUGUACAAGCGCUGCGCAAGACAUUCGAGAAACUCCAGUGCCAGAUAAUAGAAAUAAAGGAUCCUACAUUGGCUGCGGUAAAGGAGAAAAUAAGUGAAAUCGAACGAAAAAACUUUGAGCAGCAGUCUGCAUUGAUUAUUGUAUUACUGAGCCACGGAGGUGAAAACGAAAUGAUCGUGGCAUCAGACAACAAGGAGUACUCACUGCACAAGGACGUUCUCUUGCCACUAUUUAAAAACGAGACUCUCAAAGGAAAGCCCAAGAUCCUUAUUGCGCAGGCAUGCAAGGGCGAAUUGGAAGCGGAUGCAACUCUAAUGAAACAUAGUCCCAACGAGUACGUCAAGUGCUUUAGUAGCACCGAGGGCUUUAAGAGCUAUCGCAGGGCGUCCGAAGGGUCCCUAUACAUCCAAACUCUGUGCAAGUGCAUGGAUGAGCUUGCGAUUGAGAAGGACUUUUUAUCCAUCAUGGACGAAGUGAACUUGAAGGUCGACAAAGACUCCAGUGCAAAGGGAUACCGGCAGUUACCUUGUUAUACCAAAGCGAUAAGUAAAAAGUAUUACUUUAGGUAGGCGCCUUCAGUGUGGAUACCCAUCAAGAAAUUGCGGAUCGUUAUAAUGAGAUAAUCACUGGGAAUUUUAAUUACUUAGCUUCGAUUUAAAGAUCAACAUUAAGAGAUUAUACAUCAAUCGUUACAGUA